CAACCAGCAAAAAGGACCAUCAAAGGCCUCAUAUACCAGUGGUUAACACAUUUGUAUAAAAGACGUACCCGAACAUAUCACCAGACGCGCACUGGACGCAUCCUCGACGCAUUAAACAAGCUUGAUCACUUGAUAACAUUGCUUGUUUCCUCUUGCAAUUUGUAAAGCACUCUAGCCACUUGUACCUGGGACGAAGUUGAGCUGUCACACUGGCACCAAUUAAUAAUAAAAAACUGUUUGUCUUUGGAGGGAGGUUCCCCGGAACUUUCCAACUGGGCUGUAUGUCUCCCGAUCUUGAGUCAAUUUUUGCCGAGUUGGGAUUGUCCCAGUAUCUUGGUGCAUUCGUUGAGCAAGGUUUCGAUGAGUGGGAUAUCAUUCUUGACAUCCAGGAGUCAGAUCUAGAUGCACUGGGUGUCAAACUAGGCCACCGGAGGAAGCUCCAGAGAAGGAUAGCUAAUGCCCGAGGCAUUUCCCCAUCGGUGUCAUUGGUGACUUCUGUCAGACCAACCAGUGAGGAUGCAAAAUCGGAUAGUGUGCAACCUGAGCCCACUCGGACGGAACUACCGCCCGAAGGACAAGGUGUUGCCAAGCGAAAGUAUCGGCGUCACCCUAAGCCUGACGAGAAUGCCCCUGAGAGACCUCCGUCAGCAUAUGUAUUGUUUUCCAACAAAAUGAGGGAAGACUUAAAAAGCCAAAAUCUCACGUUCACAGAAAUUGCAAAACUCGUCGGAGAGAAUUGGCAAAACCUGAAUGCAAGCGAAAAGGAGGCAUACGAAAGCCAAGCAAAUGCCGAUAAGGAGAAGUACCACCGUGACUUGAUGGAAUACAAGAAAACGGCCGACUAUCGGAAGUAUAUGCAAUAUCUCCACGAGUUCAAGGAAAAGCAGGCCAAACGUACUCAAGCCGAUGUCUCUAAGAGGACAAAAUUGGAUCCCGUUCGGUUACGACACAGCAGCAGCAGCAGCAGCACCAUGACACCGGGGGGCAACACUUCGAGCGGCAGUGGUAGCGAGAGGUUACAGGGUAGUGAGCCACCACCUUGUCGGCGAGAAAGGUUGAAUUCGAUUGCAUCGAUAGCUGAAUCGCAGCAUUCAUCGGCCACGCCAACUCUUUUAUCCCAGGCUAACUCGAACGACGAGACCAUGUCAUCACCCCAGGCCGCCCACUUCGAUGCUGGAAGUCCACGGGAGCCCCAUUACCAAGCUCCCAAGCGCCAGCAGUCCUGGCGAGAAGGAGGUCGGGGGGUAGAAGUUUCACAUCAACAUCUACCAUCGUUGUCCAACAUGCUCGAAGAUGGCAGGAAAGGGAUGCAAGUCCCAUCCGGGUCGGAAGGGAAUCCUUAUUCGAGUGGUUUUGUUGCCGCGAACCACCCUAGGUCGGUACCCGAAGUCCCCAACGUGCUUCCAUCGGCGCCGCCCAAGCCCCCUCUCCUCCGACACGAGCCGUCUUCCAGCAGCAGUAUUGGUUCAGUGAGUCCAGCAGCGGGCUUUGCACGGACUCCCGGCGAAGGACCACUCCCAAUCCACGCUCUCCUUUCCCACCAUCAGACGCUGCCGACACCAGUUGUUGCCGCCAACGCGGCCAUGUUCGAACGGGGUUCUCCUAUUUCCGGAUUGGGUACUGGCUCUCAACCAUUGCCACCCACUGGCCCUCCAGCCAGGAAUGACGAAUAUAUGGCGGACAGCGAUGUACCAAUGACGCCGGCACCUGAUCUGAUCGCCCCAAUCGAGGAUCGCUCCUUCAAGACUCGCUUCGAUGGCAUGAGCGUCUUGCUAAGAGCUGGUGAGCUUGUCGAAAAACACGAACGAGACGAACGACGAUGAGGAGCGACGACAAUGAAAUUAUGCUCGUAGCAUACUGUUGGUGUAUUCGACAUCAAAACGCUUGUAUCCAGAUGUGUCGAGGUGCAGCUU